UCUUUCUUCUCGUUUCCCUCUUGAAAUCAAUUUUCAAACCCCAAAUGGGGAAGUACAUUAGGAAGGCCAAAACGGCAGGGGAAGUUGCCGUCAUGGAAAUCUCGCAGGCUUCCCUCGGUGUUCGUACCCGAGCCAAAACCCUCGCGCUCCAGCGCCUCCAGAAAUCAUCGGCUUCUUCUCCAGCUACCGUUGCUUCGGCUCCGGGUAAAGGAGGCGGUUCGUAUCUCCAGCUGCGGAGUCGACGGUUGGAGAAGUCGACGGUUGCGGUGCACCACCAUGAUUCGAAGAGACACAAGCAGCAGCAGCAGACACAGCAACAGGGCAGUAAGAAGGAUAACUGUGAACAGAAUCGUAACCCUAGUUCGAAUUCUAGGGUUCGAGUGAGCAGCGGCUCGGAUUCGGGGAAGAAAAAGGAAGGUGGAGUUGGAAGCCAAAACAUUAGACAAGAAGAUAAUGUUGUUAACUAUAGCAACACUGGCAAUAAUAAUAAUAAUAAUGAAAGCAAUGAUUUUGGUGGUGUUGAAGCUUCUUUUGGGGAAAAUAUUUUGGACAUUGAAGCUAGAGAGAGGGGCACUAGGGAGUCAACUCCUUGCAGCUUGAUAAGGGAUCCAGAGAGCAUAAGAACCCCGGUUUCAACUACUAGGCUGAUCAGCUCAUCAGAGACUAACCAAAGAGUACAAAAUUCAACGAGGCGACACAUCCCGACAUCAAAUGAAAUGGAUGAGUUCUUUUCUCCUGCAGAAAUAGCCCAGCAAAGGCAAUUCAUUGAGAAGUACAACUUUGAUCCGGUAAAAGACAAGCCACUUCCAGGACGUUAUCAAUGGGAGAAAGUGGACCCCUAGGCAGCAUUAAUGUUCCAUCAGCAGUUAUAUUUCCUUCUAAAUGCUCAGUUAAUCUUAAAUUUAGGUAGUUUUAGCUACUAGGAAUUAGCCUUAGCUGUAAAGUUGACGGUUUUAUUUCCAUUUUCCAUCACCCUUAACUGUUAAAAGAAUGUGUCCGGACUACUGGUCUGUAACAUAUUGGUAAUGAGUUACAAAAGAAAACUGAAUCCAAGUUCUUUGUCUAACAGAUCAUCCUACAAGUGAAGGGAAUGAAGGUGUAGGUUAGAGUUUAGAAACUCUAGUGUCAAUCGAUUAGGUCAGUUGAUCCAGUACAGAAUUUCUUUUUUCCUCCCCUUGUUUGUCUAUAUUUGUAAUGAUGGAACUUUGAGACACUCUUUGGACGAAACAUGACCCCUUUCCACCUAUCUUUU